CGGCAGGAGAUUGUGUGACUACCUUUUGUGCUGUCGUCAACGAGUCUGAGUUGUGGCCGCUGGCUCGCUCGCUCGCUGCAACACUCCCACCUCCACCUCGCCUCCACGUUGCACCCCAAAGCAUCAUGGGCAUCUUCAACCCUGAUCCGUACGAUCAUUUGAAGGACCCGCCGUUGUGGAAGAAGGACCUACGGCGGUCCAAGCAGUCGUCAACUUCCUAUGUACAACCACUGUCCAUCUUUAGACAGGGGCUCUUCUCCGUCUGGCGCUACUCCAUCUGGCAGGCUGUGGUGCCAGAGCUGCUGAUCUGGCUGCUGAUGUACGGCAUCGUCGGAGCCGUGUACCGUCUGUCCGAUGACCAUGUGCAGUCCCGCAUGGAGGCGUUCUUCUCCUACUGCAAGAGCUUUCAGGGCUUGAUCCCCCUCACCUUUGUGCUGGGCUUCUACGUCACACAAGUCUACGGGCGCUGGUGGAGCCAGUGGCAAGCCAUCCCUUGGAUCGGCAAGAUUGCCAUUCUCAUUCACGACAUGGACGACCGUGAUGGCCCAGAGGGCCUGCACGUGCGAUGGACGUUUAUGCGGUGGAUCCUGCUCGGCAUGGGCAUCACCUUCCAGCGCAUCUCCACCAGCUUCCGUAAGCUUUACCCAGACCUGCAGAGCUUCAUGGACGCCGGCCUGCUCACCCACGAGGAGCGGGAGCUUUUGGAAACGUGCGAGGCGCAGGUGGAGAUUUGCUAUCUGUGGGCUGGGGAGCUGCUUCGCCGGGCCGAGCGCGACCGCCCGCAACACGUCGUCUCCUCCUCCCAUCUCCGCCUCCUCAGGACGGAGCUGGUUGCGUGGCGCACGUCAAACGCCAUCCUGCGUGGCUUCAACAACCACCCCAUCCCGAUUGUCAUGGUGAACAUCAUUGGCUUUGCCGUGUACUCGUACUUCCUUGCGGCCGUGUUUGGGCGCCAGUUCCACCUCAGCAACGAAGCUGCUCCCUCAUCCUCCCCGCGAUUGCGUAAUGGCGAGACUGUGGACUACUACCUCCCUUGGUUUGGCAUGAUGGAGUUUAUCUUCUUCGUUGGCUGGUUCAAGGUGUCUGCGAUGAUGUACGACCCCUUCUCCGCGCACGGCUGCGAACAUGUGUUGAAACGCGUUUGGGACGAAGAAGUGUCGUGGGGCCGUCAGGGCGCCGCGUUUCGCUACUGGAAACACAUGCCAUCCAUGGACGCGCCCCUUGGCAUGGACGCAACCUUUGGCCACAUCCCCUUUGGGCUGGAGCCGACCAAGGCCACACCGCUGCUCACCAGCACCGAGAUUGAAGAGGAGGUUGGCCUUGGUGACGAGGCUGGCACGUACAUGCACCACCGCAAGACCAUCACUCAGCGCCCGUUUGGGCCACCCAUGAUGCAAUCCACAGCAUUCCGUGCACACGUGACGCAAGAUUCGCUGGACCGAACGCCCACACGCCCCAAUGACAGCAAUGGCAACAGCAGCGGUGGUGGUGGCGGUGGCGGUCUGCGGGAGCCGCUGCUGGGAAACAACGAGGAGCUCAUUGACACGGGCGAAUGACCACUCGUGUAGCAUUGUCUGUGUGCGUGUGUGUGUGUGUGUGUGUGUGUUUGCUAUCUCUGUCUUGUGUUUGUACGUGGCUCUCGACUGUUCUUUGUUGCUGCCCGAGCUGUUCCUGCGCUUUCGCUCUUUCUUGUGCUCUUCUCCCUAUUGUUCGCUGGCGUUGAUGGUGGAACGCGCGUGUAUUGUGGCGACGCUAAACGAGUUUACCUUGACAUACACACACACACACGCA